GUCGAGUAUCUUAUUAAACACAAACAUAAACUCCCCAGCUUCUCUCACUGAUGCUGCAGUUACAUGUUAAAGACUCUGCAGGGCAGAGUUUGACUUUGGCUGACAGUGUCCUCAGGUUUUAACGACUGACUGCCGGAUCCACAGAUAGUUUCCUUCACUAACAGUGUGUUUCGCAGUUUUGACCUCAGCAAUGAAUGAAGAGUAACUUACUCGAGAAAAUUAUUUGCUGUGAUGUGGCAGCUGACAGAGGUUCACUCCUGCCUAUCAAGAAUGUCCCGAGAGCAGUUGGUGGUUCAGCAGGCCAGGAAGGCAUUCCUAACAGGGAGAUCUAAACCCCUGGAUUUCAGAACUCAGCAGCUGAAAAGCCUAAAGCGGUUCAUCACAGAAAGACAGAAGGAGAUCACUGAUGCUCUCAAGAGGGACUUGAACAAGAGUGAGAAUGCAACACUGUUUUAUGAGCUCCUUGGCCUUGAGGGAGAGAUCAACCUGGCUCUCAGCAAGCUCUCAGAGUGGGCAGCCCCUCGACCUGUGGCCAAAAACCUUCUCACCAUCUCAGAUGAGGUGUUCAUUCAGCCAGAACCUCUUGGUGUGGUGCUCAUCAUUGGAGCGUGGAAUUAUCCAAUAUCUGUUACCCUUCAGCCACUUGUGGGAGCUAUUGCUGCUGGUAAUGCAGCAGUGGUAAAGCCUUCAGAGGUCAGCGCUCACACAGCCAAGGUCAUGGAGCUCUUGCCUCUCUAUUUGGACCCGGAGAUGUACCCUGUGGUGACCGGAGGUGUUCCAGAGACGCAGGAGCUGCUGAAGCAGCGUUUUGACCACAUCUUCUACACGGGGAGCAGCACAGUAGGCAAAGUGGUUAUGGAAGCUGCUGCAUGCCACCUCACGCCAGUGACUCUGGAACUGGGAGGAAAAAGUCCCUGUUACAUCGAUAAGGACUGUGAUCUCAAAAUUGCCUGUCGGCGCAUUACAUGGGGGAAAUAUGUCAACUGUGGUCAGACGUGCAUUGCACCAGAUUACAUCCUCUGUGAACCUAGCAUCCAGAACAAAGUAGUGGAGGAGAUAAGAAAAUGCAUUAAGGAAUUUUAUACAGAGGACCCCAAGACCUUCAGAGACUAUGGACGUAUCAUCAAUCAGCGACAUUUCAAGAGGAUAAUGGCUCUGAUUGAGGAUAGCACAGUGGCUGUAGGAGGAGAAAAUGAUGAAUCCCAGUGCUACAUUGCUCCCACUGUCUUAAAGGAUGUAGUCCCAGAAUCAAAAGUGAUGCAAGAGGAGAUCUUUGGGCCUGUACUGCCAAUCGUCCCAGUAAAUGGAGUGAAUGAAGCCAUCCAGUUCAUCAACGAGAGAGAGAAACCUUUGGUGCUGUAUGUUUUCUCUUCCAGUAAAAAGGUAAUCAAGCAGAUGAUGGCAGAGACAUCCAGUGGAGGACUAUUAGCCAAUGACUGUCUUGUUCACUUUACCGUCAGUGACUUACCUUUCGGUGGUGUUGGUAACAGCGGGAUCGGUCAUUACCAUGGCAAAUACACGUUCGAUCAGUUGAGUCAUCUGCGCAGCUGUCUCCUCAAAAAGCUGAGCAUGGAGAGGGUUAAUCAGGUGCGCUAUCCUCCCCACUCUGCAGAGAAAGUGCGCUGGGCACGUUUGCUCCUCCUGAAGCAGGUGAACUUGGGCCGCUGGCGCCAGCUGGCACAUGCCGCGAUGCUGGCAGCGCUGGCUGCUUUCGUGAUACGGAGGUUCUUGCGAUAAGGCAGCUGAAAAGGAACGCUGACAGCCCUGUAUAUGGUUCUCCUGAAAACUCUUGUGAUAAAGGUUUAUCACACUUUUAUUGUUGGUCUAUUAAACCUUAACUGAAGAAUA